GGAAAGCAGUGGCAGGGUGGCCGGUGGCGGAGGCGGCAACUCCCUGCCCGGGCUUGUAGGCAUCAGCAUGGAGCGGGCCAGUUCCGGGAACAGCAGCCACGAAAUUUGGGGGGCUCUCCGGGUGCGGCAGCUGCAGCUUAGGGAGCUGUGCCCUGGAGUGAACAAUCAGCCUUAUGUCUGUGAGAGUGGCCACUGUUGUGGAGAGACUGGCUGCUGCACCUACUACUAUGAACUCUGGUGGUUCUGGCUGCUUUGGACCAUCCUCAUCCUCUUCAGUUGCUGCUGCGCUUUCCGCCAUCGUAGAGCCAAACUUCGACUGCAGCAGCAACAACGCCAGAGGGAGAUCAACCUGUUAGCCUAUCAUGGAGCCUACCAUGGAGGCGGCCCUGGCUCAGGGGGCUCUAUGCUUGACUUAAGCCUUCUCACCUCCUUCAAGCUUCCUGCCUAUGAAGAUGUAGCUUGCCGCCCUGGAACCCCACCUCCCCCAUAUAGUGUGACUCCUGGGCCCCGGUCACCCAGCUCCAGUGACUGUACCAGCUGUUCCUGUGCCUCCAGCUGUCCCCCUUCCCCACCUGGCCCUAUAGAGGCCUCUUCCAGGAACCACCCCCACAGGGUAGAAUGGGAGAGUGGGGCUGAGGUAGUCACUCAAAGUCAAGCUGGAGAUAUGGGAGAAGGAGAUAGCCCAGCACCCCUAAAUCGGUCCUGCCGCCAUCGAAGGCUUACUGGGGAUUCAGGAAUUGAGCUGUGUCUUGGUAACUGCCAUGGUCAAGUUGACCACAGCCCUGCCAAACUGGAGUGGGUAGGGCCACCCUCACCCCAGGAUAGCAGUGUCUCUUCCCCAAACUCAGCUCCUGCUGAUCCUGCUCCCUGUGAAUUCCCAGUCUCCUCUGAAGAGCCUGGGCCCAGGCAGAGCUGUGCUCUGUGAGAACCUGAAACUUAGGUCUCUCAUCCCCAAUGGUCUCAGCCAAGAAAAGGUUAGGGAGGCCUGGCUCCUGGGGUAAAGGAUUCUGGCAGUGGCAAUUGUAAGUGGUGGUUGUCCUUCCCAUACACAUAUCCAGCACCUCAGGUCUCCUUAUUAAAGAGAUUUAAUUA